AUGCUUGCCUUGUUCUCAAGAAAAUUCGGCCAGCAGAAUGUCCAGGACAGCAAAACCACCCCCUUAGAAAACGGAGCAUGUCGCUAUGACGGUCCGAUUCGCGGGCAGUUGAUAUAUGAGUAUCUUUGCAACUGCGUUAUCAAGAGCCAUCACACAGAUGGAAGCGCUGUUGCCAUCAAAUUCUCAAAACAGCGGGCUUCUUUUCAGCAGCGGGAGGUUGAGAUGAUGGACUACGUGCAUUCCCAGAAUACCGCUAUCUGGGUCGCCGUUGACCCAGGAACAGCAAAUCUCGAUCAAGGAGCAAAAACUUUCGACACAAGUGAAGCUGUUCGGGUCAAGCACGCAUCUGUAUAUUUGGACGUGUCAACCGCCAACAAACCCGCAAUUCAUACGAAGGAAUGGAAAACAAACUUAUGGGAUCGCUCGAUUCAAGAAGCUAAGAUUGACGACGGUGUCCCUCGCGUGUAA